UCUAUUAAAGUCUCAUCCUCUUUAGAAGGAAGCAGAAACAAAACAUACGUAUAACUGCUUUCAGAAACCCAAACACGGCACCGCCGCACCGAACCGCCGUUGUUCAUCUCCGGCCAUGCUACCGGAAAUUUCAGAUAAACCACCACCGUGAAAAACCUCCAUUCUUCUAAACAAAAAUACAAUGGCACUGGUUAAAAACGCUGCCAGCAACAGGGACUUCAAGCAUCGAGUACUCGUGUGCCUCAACAAACUAUCUGACCGGGAUACACACUCGGCCGCCGCCACUGAGCUCGAGUCCAUUGCCAAAACGCUCAAUCACGAAUCCAUACCUCCGUUUCUCUCUUCCAUCUCCGUCACCGACUCCACCGACAAGUCGCCGGUUCGUAAACAAUGCGUCCGUUUGAUUUCUACCUUAUCUGAAGCUCACGGAGACGUUUUAUCUCCUUAUUUGUCAAAACUCCUGUCUGCCGUUGUCCGCCGACUCCGUGACCCCGACACUGCGGUCCGCUCCGCCUGCGUUGCCGCGACCGGUUCCAUCGCCUCUAACAUCACCAAACAUCCGUUUACGUCGGUAGCGAAACCUUUCGUUGACGCGUUGGUGACUGAACAGGAUUUGAACUCUCAGAUCGGCGCGGCUUUGUGCUUGGCCUCGGUUAUCAACAGCGCACCGGAUCCAGACACGGCUUACUUGAGGAGGUUGCUACCGAGGAUAGAGAAGCUGUUGAAGAACGAUAGCUUUAAGGCGAAGGCGGCAUUGCUGGGGGUCGUAGAGAGUGUGAUAAGCGUCGGUGCUGCUUCGAGUCCGGUAAUUGUGAGGAAUUUAGUGAAGGUUAUGGCUGAAUUCGUGGCCAAAAGUGAGGAUUGGGCUGUGCGGAAGGCAGCAGCGGAAGUGCUCGAGAAGUUGGCUGUUGUGGAGACGGAUUUGUUGCCGGAGUUCAAGGCUUCGUGCUUGAAGACAUUCGAGGCGAAAAAAUUCGAUAAGGUGAAAGGCGUAAGGGCGACGAUGAAUCAGAUGAUCGAAGCUUGGAAUGCAAUUCCAGAUGCCCCGGAGGAGGUAUCGGCACCACGGCAAUCUCAAUCUUCUAAAGAAGAAGUUGCUAGUGAUGUAAGAUAUCCACCAAGGACACCUCAAAUAAUAAGUAAACGAACAUUGCCCUAUGGUUCUUCUACCAGCACUGCGACAAGAAGAAUGUCAUUCGAAAAUAGCAGUAGGAAAACUAGUCCACCCAUGUUUCGUAAGCUGGAUCGCAAGAAGCCGAAUGAUCAAAAGCGUGACACUGCUGUUGUGGCUCCUCCUGCCACUCUGGUCGCUGAGGAUGAGGGUCAUCUCAAACCUAGAUUUAUGAAACAAGAAACAAAACGGGCCCUCUUCGGUGAAAUAUCUGAUGAAAAGAUGCAUGAAUCUCAAUUUUAUGAAGACAGGUCAAAUUCCAGAGUUGCAGGGAGCGAUGCCAAUUUGAAUAUCAAUUCUAUUCAACAAGAUCCUGAAGACUUGUCUCUGAUCCGCAAUCAGCUUGUUCAAAUUGAAACCCAACAGUCCAACUUAUUUGAUCUUCUAGAGAAAUUUAUCGGGAGCUCACAGAAUGGGAUGCGGUCACUGGAGUCGCGUGUGCAUGGUCUAGAGUUAACACUUGACGAGAUUUCAUUUGAUUUGGCCAAGUCAACUGGUCGGGUAUCAAAUCCCGAACCCACCCUGUGUUGCAAGUUACCAGGUGCAGAUCUUUUGAGCUCUAAGCUCUGGAGGAAACCAGAAAUUAAAAAUUCAAACUUGCGAACAUCUGUGGCUGCAAUCCACCACAUGAACAAGGAUCUUGAAUCAUAUAACCUUCAAAACACUCCAUUUCGUUUCCAGGAAGGUGGUAGCGGGUUGAUCAAGAAUCCGUUGGCUGAGGUGCACCGUGAGUCCCAUAGAACGUCAUGCACUGGAACCUCAACCCACAAAUAAUAUCAUCUGCUAGAGUUAUUCCGAGUUUAUAAUCACAUUCACGGAAACGAACAUCGUUGCCUCUUUUCUGGGUAAGAAAUACAAGAAAAAGGGAUGUUGAGUGUUGUUAUUUAAGAGGUUGGUAUUAUGUAAAGGGCAUAUUUGUGUAUAGAAGAAAAACUGUGCCCUUAUUUGGCAUUUCCCUUUUGCCUUUUCUUUUCUUAAAUUAGUGUUGCCAUUUAUUUGCAUGCUGGUCAUGAUUAGUAAGGGUACAUGUUUGAUGAUUCGUAGCAAUUUCUGGGCUUCCUUUUC